GUAUACAGUACGUACUGUGGUAAUCAUUGAACACUUUAGCACAUGUGCAUUGAACAUUUGAACCUCACAACUAUUGAACUAUACCUUGUGCAUAUACAGAGUAUCACAUCACUCAUCAUGGAGGAUCCUCUACCACAUAUCAUGUGAUAUAUUCUGAUUCACUCUCGUUUCAAUGACCUCUGGAACACAUCCAAUCGCUAUAUAUUUACUCCCCUAGCUCUAUCGACUACAUCUUCACAGGCAUUGAACGCCAUGAUCUGAGGGAAACCCAACAUCUCCCAUCUCAACCCUCACCAAUCUCUCACAAUGGCCUUGGCAACUAAGUUCCUUUCGAGUAUUCGCGGUAUAUUGAAAUCUCUUGAUGGAGAAUCACUACGUGACUGGCUGAAGGUAGAGCCGCCUCUGCCAAAAGAUUAUUAUGACCUUGCAGCUGAGCUCAAGAGUCGCUACCAAGAGGAUGGCGCACUUGAGAAGCUCAUGGAGUCAUGUCUACCCGAGGAAGAUGACGUCCCAGAGGGCCAAGGGACGACAUGGCCCGGAUUCCUCUCCUUCAUGAAGGAUUACUUCGAGUACUGGAGAGACGUCGAUUUCGAGGACCUCCUAGGAGCCCAUCAAUUGCUUACUGCCUUGACAAACUCAUGUGCUACGGCGCUUAAUAAUCCCACAUAUGGAACCAUCAUGUUGCAGACGAGCAUAUCACUUUGCGCCUCACUAUCCACCCUGUCCAUGACGCUGAAUAAACGACCUGAUCUCACGAUGAAGCUAGCAGCUUUGCACGCCGGCGACGAGGAACGAAAAUCGGUAAUCGAGGUCACGGCAGAAAUUAUGCAAAAGUUCUUCACCACAUGUCUCACUGACCGGUCGAGCACACGUUUUGCAGAGCCCACGGGGAAGAAAGUGGGAAUCUACAUCUUCGCUAACAAAACCUUGAAGCUUUUGACUAUGAAUCACAAGUCUUACUUGGCAGCGCAGCUCUUGACCAAUAUCAUGGCCAAGUCGCCGCCUCUUUCGUUCUAUCCAGCUAGUCAAAGGGUGACGUUCUUGUACUUCCUCGGCCGCUUUCACUUCAACCAUACGCACUACUGGCGGGCUGCGCAAUGUUUCGAAGAAGCUUACUUGCAAACGCCCUCGCACUUCCAGAAGCACCGCCGGCUCAUCCUCACAUACCUGAUCCCAUGCAAGCUUGUCCUAGGCCGCCUGCCCUCUCAGGCCUUGCUCCAGCGACCAGAGGCGCAGUCCAUGGCCCAGGUGUACUCCCAGAUCGCCCAGUCGAUCCGCACCGGCAACUACAUUCUCUUUCAACAUACCAUCAAACAGCACGAAGAUUGGCUACGCAGCAAAGGCCUGCGUUUACUCACCACGCUCCAAUACCGCCUACGGCCACUGCUCUGGCGCUCGCUCUCACGACGCACGUUCGUCCUCACGUACAUCCCGCCCGCGGAAGGUGACUCGCGCAAAGCCAUCACCCUCGAUCUCGCGCACUUCGAAACCGCCAUGGCCUUCGUGCAGAAGCGACUCGAAGGCUAUCUCCCGGCGCGCCCGACAUCCAGGGGCCGGCAGUCUCAGGUCAACUCUAUGUUUCUCAAGGCCGUCUCCAACAGCAUCGGCCCCGGCAACGAGACCUCGACGCUCGCCCCCCCUCCCGGCGGGCCCAAGCAACUGUCGCCCGAGGAGGGCGUCCUGUACGGCAACCGGCCCGUCACGGCGCACCACGUCGAGUCCGUCGUCGCCUCGCUCAUCGCGCAGGACCUGCUGCACGGAUACAUCGCGCACUCCAUGGGUGUCUUCGCCAUUAUGGGCGCGAAGCAGAAGGGUAGCGCGGUCGCCGCCGGCUGGCCCAACGUCGGCGAGAUCAUCGACCAGCGCUCCAUCGAGCUCGUGGUGCCGGGGUGGGUGAAAGAGGAGGAGUAGGUGAGACUGGACUGGAUAUAGACCGUUACGGAGCAGGAUAUGGAGAGUAAAGGAUGGAUAAUUUGAGAUAGAAAAGAAAAAGAAAAGAAAAAGUUCCCUAGUAUAGUAACCUAGUAAGUAUAGUGCAGUGCCUAGGUAUAUAACGAAAUCACGAAUGAUACCCCUAUAUGCACUUAGGUACC